AUGUCCUUCCCCCGAAAAAGCGCGCGCGCGUUGCUGGCUGGCCCUGAAGUUGACCUCUACGAGGUCCUCGAUCUCCCCCGUGGUGCGAGCAAAGAUGAAGUUCGACAGGCUUAUCGCAAGGCUGCCCUGAGCAACCACCCCGACAAAGUCGCUGAAGAAGAACGUCCUGCCGCCGAAAUCAAGUUCAAGGCCGUCCAGGAAGCCUACGAGAUCUUGUAUGAUGAAGACAAGCGACAUAUCUAUGACACACAUGGCAUGUCUGCCUUCAACGGCUCUGGUGAGCCUGGUAUGGGUGGAAUGGGCGGUCCCGAUCUAGAUGAUCUGCUCGCACAGAUGUUCGGUGGCAUGGGCGGCAUGGGUGGCAUGCCCGGUAUGGGAGCAGGCAUGGGAGGUAUGCCCGGCAUGGGUGGCAUGGGCGGCAUGCCCCGCGCAAGCCCGAACGAGGAGCAGGAUUAUGAAGUCAGCCUGGAGGACAUGUACAAGGGCAAGACCGUCAAGUUCGCCAGCACCAAGAAUGUCAUUUGCAGCCACUGCAACGGAAAGGGUGGCAAGGAAAAGGCGAAGCCUAAGAAGUGCUCUACUUGUGAUGGCAUGGGACAACGCGAGGUUCUCAAGAACAUGGGCGCUUUCAUCACCAAGGCUGUUCAACCCUGUUCCACUUGCAAUGCCCAAGGUGAAUUCUUCAGUCCCAAGGAUAAGUGCAAGAAGUGCAAGGGCACUAAGACGACCGAGGCGAAGAAGAUGCUUGAGAUUUAUAUCGCUCCAGGUUCACGUGAGGGAGAGAAGAUUGUCCUUGAGGGUGAGGCCGACCAGAUCCCUGGCCGGGAGCACGGCGACAUUGUUUUCCGUCUAAUUCAAAAUGAGCACGAGGUGUUCGAUCGUUCGGGCGCUGAUCUCCGAGCUGCCAUUAAUGUUACCUUGGCCGAGGCCUUGACCGGUUUCCACCGUGUUGUCCUGAAGCAUCUUGAUGGUCGUGGUAUCGAGAUCAAGCACCCCGCUGGCUCUAUUCUCCAGCCUAACCAGAUUCUCACAGUCCGUGGCGAGGGAAUGCCAAUCAAGCGUACUGAUUCACGUGGUGAUCUUUACUUGCUGGUGAAUAUUGUGUUCCCCGAGAAUGAUUGGAAGCCAACCCUCGAGGCUUUGGAGAAGCUGCAGGAGUUGCUUCCCAAGCCCGAGGCGCCUAUCGAGGCCGCCACUGUGGAUGAGGUCGAAUUUGACGCACAGGGUAACAUGGAAGAGUUUGGCGCCCGCGACCACAACGGAGGCUCGGCUUGGCAAGAUGAGGAGGAGGAAGAUGAUGAGCCUGCGCAGUGCGCACCUCAGUAA